AUGUAUAAAACGGUGCGCCAUGGCGAAAAUAGUCUUCAGUAUACUAUCCUUCCGCAGACCGAAGAAGUGCUUAACAACAGUGGACUUAAAGGGAAAGGGCGGGAUUAUAGCCCCUCAAUUCACGUGAGACGGUCCAGGCGAAAAUCAACCCUCAAAUAUGUAUUAAUGGUAAUAUUUGGAACUGUUGUAGCCCUAGCAUUGGCGUCUGUUCCUCUAUACGUUAUGAACGGUGCUAUAUUUGCUCGAAGAAUGCAAUUCGAUCACCAUGAUACUACGACGCCAGCUCUCACUCCCGGUGGUAGAGAAAUAUUACGAUCCCGUAAAAAGGAACUGAAGAUGUCUGCUGAAACUACCAUGAAACCUCAAUUGGACAUUAUAACUACCACAACUACUCCCUCUACUACUACUACUCCAGUCCCCAUAACUGUGACCAGUGAAAAGAUUACAAAUCCAUCCUGGACCAUGCCUGCUUUAAGGUCUUGGAAAGCAGUGUCAUCGACGUCUCUACCACAAUUACCAACAGAAGAUAUCGAACGGAUUCCACUAAUUGGCACACCCUCAGGAAGUGUGCGUCUUCUAGACCAUUACAUGUCCAUGAGGCCAUGGGAUAAAGACAUUAUAAUUAGACCAACUGUCGCCUCAGAACCGAUAACGAUUCGUGACGUUUUUAACUAUUUUUCCAUUCACUCUCCAGAUAAAAUUGUAACGGAUAGCCCGAAAGUAUUCGAAGAUGUAUUGAUCACCACAAAGGCUACGAUAGAGAACAUAGCAACUACUGAAGCUAUUGCGAAUGAUCUAUCAAAGUUCAAUGACCUAAAAGACACACUGCUGUCCGUAGAUACCGAUGAAGAGGCAAAGGAAACGCUAGAAGAGGACGAAGUAUUUUCUUUACCACCAUUAAAACCAGAUAUAGCGGUGGACUCGGAUUCAGAUGAAGUUACAGUUUCUAAGACCACAAAUGGCUGGUACGGCCAGAAAUGGCCAUUUGUGGAUUCCUCGACUUACUUCAGGUGGCCUGUAAAUAGCCCCAAUGACAGCAUCGUACUACCACUAUUAACAGGGGCUUUAUCGUCGAUUACUCUGGUGCUAAUAUUGGCUUUUGCGAUCAAGUUAAGAAAACGUACCAGCCAUCCCUGCGCUACUGGGAAGUUAUCCACCGAAUCUCAAACUGAUGACAACACUAACUUAUUGACGGCUGAAAAUCCAGAAGAAGUCGAGGAGUGA